AUGGGUAAUUCUGUGUCAUAUGCGUCAAAUGCAAUGAGUGCACAAGAAAAACAUGAAUGGUUACAAAGUGUACAACCUGGAGAUAUAAUUAUGUUUAAAAGAGGAUUGUCCAUCUAUUGGGCAAUCUAUGUUGGAAAUGGCAAAGUUAUUCAUUUCUCAGGUGCAUGCUUGGAUAUUGGAGGUAGAAUAAUCGAAGAAGAGAUCUGGGACGUAAUUGGCCAACAUAAAGCAAGGGUUCAUAAUGGGAGGGAUGACAGAUGGAAUCCAUUACCACCCGAAGAAAUUGUUCAACGUGCUCGUUAUGCUCUCGAAACUUCUGAACGUAAUUUAUCCUUACGCAAUAGUGAACACUUCGCUAUUUAUUGUCGUUACGGACAAAUGAAUAAUGCACAGCUUAUAUUUCUGGCUGACUAA